AUGGCGCACAGUCUCCCCACAGAGUUUGAUGUGGUUGUAAUAGGGACAGGUUUGCCAGAGUCUAUCCUUGCAGCUGCAUGUGCAAGAAGUGGUCAGAGGGUUCUGCAUCUUGAUUCAAGAAGUUAUUAUGGAGGAAACUGGGCUAGUUUCAGCUUUUCUGGAUUACUAUCCUGGCUGAAUGAGUAUCAACAAAACAGUGACAUUGGGGAAGAAAGUAUUGCUACAUGGCAAGACUCAAUCCAUGAAACAGAAGAAGCCAUCCCUCUUUGCAAGAAGGAUAAAAGCAUCCAACAUACAGAAGUUUUUUGUUACGCCAGUCAAGAUAUGGAGGACAGUGUUGAAGACAUUGGUGCUGUGCCAAAAAAUCCUUCCUCAGCGGCAUCUAGUACCCUCACAGAACCUCUGAAUUCUGCAGCCUUCCCCAAAGAAAGGCACUCAUCAGACUUUGCUCACUAUGAAAUGUCUGCAAAACACACUCAAAAAAAUGAAACAGAGAUUUCACUUGAAGUAACUGAUAUAGAAGAAUCACUGGAGAAAGAAAAGUAUUGUGGAGACAAAACUUCUGCACACACUGUUUCAGAUGGAGAUGAAGAUGAAAACAACCCUAAAGAAGACAAUACUGACCAACAAAAGAGAAAUAGGACUACUUAUUCUCAAAUAAUUAAAGAAGAGAGGAGAUUUAAUAUUGAUUUGGUGUCAAAGCUGCUAUAUUCUCAAGGAUCCUUAAUUGAUCUUUUAAUCAAAUCCAAUGUUAGUCGUUAUGCUGAAUUUAAAAAUGUCACCAGGAUUCUUGCAUAUCGGGAAGGGAAGGUGGAACAGGUUCCUUGUUCUAGAGCAGAUGUCUUUAAUAGCAAAGAACUCACCAUGGUUGAAAAGAGGAUGCUAAUGAAAUUUCUUACAUUCUGUCUAGACUAUGAGCAGCAUCCUGAUGAAUACCAAGAUUUCAAACAAUGUUCAUUUUCAGAGUACUUGAAAGCUAAAAAACUAACCCCCAACCUCCAACAUUUUGUGCUACAUUCAAUUGCAAUGACAUCAGAAACCUCAUGUACUACAUUAGAUGGUCUUAAAGCAACAAAAAUUUUUCUUCAGUGUCUUGGACGGUUCGGCAACACUCCCUUUUUAUUUCCUGUGUAUGGUCAAGGUGAAAUCCCCCAGUGUUUCUGCAGAAUGUGUGCAGUUUUUGGUGGAAUCUACUGUCUUCGUCAUAAAGUACAGUGUCUUGUAGUUGACAAAGAAUCUGGAAGAUGUAAAGCCAUUAUAGAUCACUUUGGUCAAAGAAUAAAUGCUAAGUAUUUUAUCAUGGAGGAUAGUUACCUUUCUGAGGAAACAUGCUCAAAUGUGCAGUAUAAGCAAAUCUCAAGGGCAGUGCUCAUCACAGAUCAGUCUCUACUAAAGACAAAUUCAGAUCAGCAGAUUUCCAUUUUGAUAGUGCCUCCAGUGGAAGCACAGACUUGUUCUGUCCGGGUCACAGAAUUAUGUUCUUCAACUAUGACAUGCAUGAAAGACACAUAUCUGGUACAUCUAACGUGUCCAUCUUCAAAAACGGCACGAGAAGACCUAGAACCAGUGACGCAGAAAUUAUUCACUCCUUAUGCUGAAACAGAAAUGGAACAGGAAGGGCCUACAAAACCAAGACUCUUAUGGGCUCUUUAUUUUAACAUGAGAGAUUCCUCAGUAGUCAGCAGAGGCUCCUAUGAUGGCUUACCUUCCAAUGUUUAUGUCUGCUCUGGGCCUGACUGUGGCCUGGGAAAUGAGCAUGCAGUCAAGCAAGCCGAAACACUUUUUCAGGAGAUCUUUCCAGGUGAAGAAUUCUGCCCUCCACCUCCAAAUCCAGAAGACAUUAUCUAUGAUGGUAAUGACAGGCUACUGGAGGCUUCUGGAACCAGUGAUACAACAAUGGCCAAACAAGAAUCCUCUGAGGACAGCAAAAACUUAGAAAGUCCAGAGAAGCAGCUUCAAAAUUAGAAGAAAAAAAAAGUGGAAAUCCUCUUCCUCUUCAUCCUCGCAUCAGAAUACUCUCAUUUAAAGGCCAUGUUUCCAUAUGAAUAAUUGGAAGUGGUUAUAUGGUGAAUGCUCUGCAGAUUUUGUCUUUGACUCUGCUUAGGGUAUUCAGCCUUAGGUGUUUUUUAUUAACCUGUCACUAAUUGACUUGUCAGUUGUUGGAGUCUUUGUUUCAGAAUCUGCUCUGUGAUCAGAAUCUUAAAGCAGGGAUACCUUUGUUUUAAUAUUGUAUGUAUUGAGUUCCAUGUUAGCAACUCAAAGAUUAUAUUGUGUAUACUAUUGAUCUUCAGACUGUCAUUUUCUACAGGACAAUAAAUAGGACCUUAGGAAUAUUUUAGUUACUUUGGCAGCUGUUAUGUUGCUAUCACAUCUGUUUGAACAGUGAAAUACACAAAUAGUAAAUUAUGUGGGUCUUUGUAUAUAAUAUAAAAACGCAGAGUUCAUAGUAGGAAUAUCACUAUAAGUGCCAAUAUGAUAAAAGACAUUUGUUUAUAUUUGUUAAAGGAUUAGCUGUGCGUGAUUCUUUAUUCUUUGUGAAGAAUUUUACAUUUUGCCAUUUUUUGCACCUACUUGAUCCUUAUAACUGAUGGGGCAGUGAAGCCAUCCAGCAUUGCUUUCUACUUUGUGAAAAUAAUCUGAGUUCACUUAACUGAAGAGCUCAGAAAAUUCCUGCAGAGUCCUGCUCUAGCACAUGAAAGAAAAGGACUUCCAACAAAUAACUCAGGCCCAAAGGAAAAAUAAAUCACCUCAGGAAAAGAUGGUUAGGAAUGGCUGUUUGAAAUUCCUGAAAAGGAAGUCCUAUGGAGAAACAGGAUGAGUCACUUAAAAAUUUGAGAUUACAGCCAGUUUUAAAAACCCUCUGUAAGUAGUUUACCUGCAGUUUUCUCAGGGUGUAACCUAUUCCUUGUUGGUUCUACCACCUUAAUUAGCAGCAUUGACUGCAAUUAAUAGGAAUAAGUCAGAGGAGGAUUUACUGUGCUGUUUGCUUAUAUCCCACCCCACAAAUAGGUGAACAGUCUUCAUAAUCACGUCUGCCUCUUGGCUGUGUUCUGGAGAACAAAAACUCUUCGCAGAACCACUAGAAGGCACAAAACUGGCUAUACUCCACUGGAGCUAUCAGGAGAGGUUCCUCAUUUAGUCUCAUGUCUGUUCUUCAGGCAGAGAAUGGUGGUCCUAUAGGAAGCAAGCCCUUUCUCGAACAGAGCAUUCACUGUGUGCCAGGCAUUUAAUAUCGUGCUUUCUCACUACAGCUUCUCAAUAACAGUGUGAAGCAGAUAUUAAGCCAUACACUUUAAAAAAGAGAUGAUGGAAACAAUUAUUUAUAAUUUUCUCAGUGCACUGUGUACAAGAGCCAUCACUGGAGCCCAACAGGAUUACAAAGUCCUUUUUUCUGUUGUUUAUGAUUACAAUAGUAUACAUACUGUAUUAGAAGGAAAAGGUGCCCAUGAAAACCGGAAUCUAAUAUUGCUGGGGGGAAAAGUGGACAGAUGCCAGUCUUGCAGUUGACUAUUGAAUAAGAGAAAUAUGAAGAUUAAGAUUAAUUAUAAGUAAAUAUAUGUUAAAGCUACGAAUCUAAGAAAGCAGAAUUUGGCUAAGUUUUAACAGAAUAAUGCUCUUCAGUAACAUGUCUGUUGGUCUGAAGAUUGUUAUAUAAAACAACUAUUAAUUGGCCAAAAUAUACUCUGAAUAGUCUUUUGUUGCUCUUCUAAUAUGAGGGAAAUAAGACAGACUUAAAUACUGGACAGCUUAUUGUUAAGUAGAAAAGUCAUUGAUUGGUAUCAAUACUGGUUUUCUUGAAUAUAGUAAAGAGGUAUGAUUGAGUGGAUCCUAAAGUUUAAACCUAUCAAAACAAGUGAGAUGCCUGAAUUGACUUACAAAAUAGUAUUAAAAUAAAAAGAGAUUUAAGAUAUUAAAAUGGAGGUGAAAAUAAUCCAGAUCUACUGAAAAGUUUUUCACUAUCAUUGAUUUUUUAGGUUUCUCACAAUGUGAUAAUUACUUAACUAAAAUUAUAUAUAUUGGGAAAAAAUAUAUAAGAAACAUUUCUCAAAUAGAAAUUAAUGGUGGCAUCAUUUUUAUUUAUAUAUUAUUAUUAUUAUUUAUAUAUUAAGCCUGUCACUGCAAUAAAAUAUAUAAAACAAAGAUAAAGCAUAAAUAUUAUUUUCUGUUAACAUGGCUUUAUAGUUAGCUAAACCUAUAGUAUCUUAUAAAUAUACUAUCAAUAAAAGACCAAUUCAAGAAGUUGCAGGAGAUACAGUUUUUUUAAAUUAAUAUUGUUUCUAGAUUCCAGUAGUGAUGGCAAUUUAAAAAGUGCUUGGGUAUUAAAAUAUGUGAGCCUUUUAAAGAAAAUUGUACUGGUAUGUUGGGAAGUGUGAGCAAAGUUUGUUUAAAAAAAAAAAAAACUGGGAAAAAUGGGAGCAUAAGCAUGUUAUUAAGCAGCCUUGCUAAGUAUCCUGUAGUACUGAGUAGAAAGUUUAAGACUAAUAAGCCAGUUAGAAAUAAAUACCUAAAAUUGUUGGUGAAAAGAUUAGCUGAAUGUCAUUAUGGAGAAAGCUAUUAAAUGAUCCACUUCAUGUAUGAUAAUGAAGUUUAUUCCAGAUGAAUUAAAAUGUUAAACAGAAAGGUAAAAAUAAAAAGACAACAAUUUUCAUCCCAGUAGUGGCACAAAGAAACCUUAUGGCAAUGAAAAACAGCUAUUGACAAGGUAGAUCAACUAAUUCAUGCCAUUAGAUUAGCCAAAAACAAAUCUUGCAUGUGCCCUUAUAAAGAACUACUUAAAUAAAUAUGUAGAAGCCUAUAACAAGAGCUCUGUAACUUUUUUUUUAACAUGAGAGGCAAAUAGAGCUCCCAUCUGCUGGUUCUAACCCCCCACCCCCACUCACACACCAGAUGCCUAUAACUGGCUAAGGUGGAAGAUAGGAGCUGGGAACUCAACCAAGUCUUCUGUCUGGGUGGCAGGAACCCAACUACUUGAGCCAUCACUGCCGCCUCUCAGUAAUUCUCCCAAGGUUCAUUUAGUAGGAAACGAGUAGGGAACCAGACCUGGAAUUGAACUCAGGCACUGUGAUAAGGAAUGUGGGCAUCUUAACCACAAGGCCAAGUUCCAGCUCCUGAUCCACCAUCUGACAUACUGAUUCACUUUGAGUAACAUAUGCCUAGAAGAAUAUUUAAAAGCAAAAUGUACAUAAAUGCUUUAGCUUUCCAUACAAGCAUUUUUUUCUUUUAAAUCCAUCAACUGAAAAAUGGAUAAAUAAUUUUGAUGUAUUACUCUUGGCAUCAUAAACUGUUACAUAGCCUUUAAAAUUAACUGGUAAUAUGUAGUAUAUGCAAAGAAAUGUUUAAACAAGACUCAAAAUGUUCAUCAGAACAUAAAUUAUGUUUACUGAUUAUAUUUGUGUGAAAACUUAGGUCUCCCUGUUGAAUCACAAAACAGGUAAUUGCAAUGUAACAUUAAAGGUCUCUGUCUUUUUUUCUGUAAAAUAUUGAUGUGUGCAAUAAAAAAAAUAAAGAUUAA